AUGUUCGGCAGUGGACAUGGCAGUCGAAUCCACUCCGCCUCUCAAGAAGCGGUUGACUCUGAGACGUCUUCAGUGCCUAAAGUGGGUUGGCCGAACCUGUUGCCUGGGGGUUUUGACGCUGGUUCCGAUUUAGACCUGGACAAGCUGGGCAGUCGGCCCGCAACAAAGCCGAAGCCCGCAACAGCAGUGCCAACAGCGGCCAAGAGUUCCACACCUGGCCCACCACCUCUUGUUGCAACACGCUUGAAGCUGGCACCGCCCCCACCGCGACCUGAAGGUGCCACUCCUGAGCCCACCCCACCAGCCAAGGCCAUCACGCCUGUGUUGCACAAGCCAGCUCAGCCCACACCCGCAGCCAUGCCGAAGCCAGCUCAGCCCACACCACCGCCAGCCAAGGCCAUUGCCCCCGUGUUGCCGAAGCCACCUCAGCCCACACCGCCGCCACAACCUGAAGACCAUCUCUCACCAGCAACACUUGAGAAGCAUUCCCCACCAGCACCUGCCCCGGAGUCAGCACCCGAGGAGCAUAGGUCACCAGCAGGCCAAAGUGAGCAGCAUCCCCCCAAGGAAAAACGUGUCAGCUGGGCUGAGCCAUCAGUUCCACCAGAAGCAGCCCAUGAGCCUCCUGCAGAGGUUCGAAGCCAAGCAGUAGCUCCCGCAGCUGAAGCAACACCAGCAACUCCACCAAGUAGUGCGGAAGCUGCAGAGCCAAAGGCAUCAGCCCACUGCGCAAAGGUUCCAAGCCAAGCAGUACCUGAAGCACCAGCAGCAACUCCAGCAGAAAGUGACGCAAAGCAAGGGGCAACCAACACAGCACAAGCUGAGCAAUCGCCACAUGCAGGCACCAGCGACACAGCAGAAACCCAGACUCCGCCUCACAAUGGGAAAAUGGAACAUCAGAAGCAUGAGAAACACUCUCCCACCAAGAAAGAGCCCACCAGCAGCCCAGAUGCAGCUACUCCCAUUGUCCCUGGAAGCUACAACGAACGACAAGCGUUGCAAGGUGAGUUUAAAAGGCGGAUCAAAGAACCAGAGGCAAACGCAAUCCCACAGGAGAUUGUGGAUCUGUGGACGGAUCUUGUGAAAAACAAUCGUAAGGCAGGAAAGACGGCACUCUUUGAGAAAUGGCUUCAUGCUGGAAAGGAUUGGAGCCUGCUGAUCAUUGAGAAUUCCAAGUCCCACACUGAUCGUACCGUUGGGCGAAAGAAAAUGGGUUGGCGAACUCGAGCUCAAAUUAUCGCCCUUCAUGGGGGUGACACGCAUGCAGCUGACGAGAUCAUUGCUGAGAAGACCUCCGAGGGGCUUGUGGACCAUCACCCGGACAGUCAUCAAUUGAAAACUUACUAUGUCUGCACAGAAUUGGGCCGUAAGGAAGAGGAAGAGACAGAGAGUAAGAUCACCAUGAAAACCCAAGCCAAGAUGAACUGUGGUGGUGAGGCAGCCCAGAAGCUCAUGGGCGGCUUGACCGGGGACCAGGUUGAUGGCUUCUUCAAGCUUCGUACCUUUCAGAAGCCAUCCCAGGCAUCCCAGGAGGUUGCUCAGGGCAGUCCAACAACCGUACUCCCCCAGCCGAACAAGAAGCCGGGAACCAGGAGAGCCGCACCGAAAGAGAUGCCAGCUGAUCCCAUUGAAGGUUUGCAGUGGAUCGUACCAAAACUUCUCAAAGAUCUUACGGAAGCCAAGAUGUGGCCAAUCAAGAUGGUGCAAGUGAAGCAUCAGGAAACCCUGCGUGACACGUUGCUGGCGCAGUCCAAGGGUCUGGAGACCACCUUUUUCGAGAUGAAACACUAUCUGGACCAGUACAAAGAGGAGAAUGGCUUUGACCCUUCUGAAGAUGAAGAGUUCCUAGAGAAACUUACAAACGCAGUGGCAAUUCGUGAUGCCUACGCGGAGACCGCUGGCAUGGCCAGUAAGCUGUGCAAGCCCAAAGGACUUUUGCGGGAUGAACUCGCCCGCAAAUCCAAGGAGCCGGCCUCUGGGGAUCUUUCGCUGGAAAGGCCAUUGAAGCGACCUCGGCCAACGCUGCGGCCACACACUGCGCCCCAUGUAGUGAAGGCCCGGGAGUCAGCCAGCAGCCGGGCUGCUCCAAAACCAAAGGAUUUGGGGAAAUUACUUCUGGAACAAUUUUCAACUGGUGCCACCAGUGCUGUAAAAGUCCAGCAAUCUGCCCAUUCAGCUAUGGAUUGGCUAGCACGGCACGGUGGCCGUGUGACGGACUCACAUGAUAUGGUUUCUCAACUUUCAAAGGUUGGGACUGCUGGCAAGUUCCCAAACAACGCUGAAAGGGAUACUCAUAGGUUGGUUCACCGGCUUGGUUCUUCGUUGGCGGCAUUCAUAGAGAUGAAAGAGGUCCGUAUGUAUGACCCCUCCUCGAUGGAGGAGAGUGUGCAAAAGUUGCCAAUGAUCCUGCCACAUCAACUCUGCUUAGCCCUGUGGAAACGAGGGGAAGAUGUGUUCAGACGAUGUUUAUUUGGCAAUCUGACCGACCAAGAGGUUGAACAAUUUUGGAACCAUGUUGCCGAGAAGUGCUCAUGGUUUGCAAUCCACCCUGCUGCCCAGUGGCCCACGCAUGGCAGGAUUGCCAGCGUGGGAUCCUAUGGAGAUGAGGUUCAAGCAUACAGGAACAGUGAAUGCGGUGUGAUUUCUGUCCUGGGGUGGGUAUCGGAGCUCAGCUACCUGAACACCCCACUUAUGAGAUAUUUUGCAUGUGCUGUAUGGUCCGAGCACCACGAGGGGCCUAACACUUACAACGACGCAAUUGGUCACAUGGUUGAAUCUUUUCGAAGCCUCUUGGACUGUCGAAACAAAUGGCCAUGGAGCGAGUCAUACCUCAUUGCCUUCACGUGUGCCCAAGGCGACCUCAAAUGGCUGACUGACAGGAUGAACGGGUUCCACAACUUUAGGGCGAAUGAAUUUUGUUCGCGUUGCUUUUGCAAAAAAAAUGCGCCAGACGUGCUUGCUACUUUGCCAAACUUUAGCAGCAAUCCAGAUCAGUUUGGCAAUCAGGACUAUGCUGGUGUGGAUUUAGCUCAAAGGUUUUCACCUUUGUUUCAGCUCCCAUUGACAAUUGACAGAGUACAGCACGACGUUGCACAUUCCCAACUGCUGGGCGCUGGAAAAGCAACAAAUGGAUCAGUCCUGAUCUACUUAGCAGAAGCUGGCUGGUUUGGCUCCAUGGUGGGACCAGGUGAAUACAAAGUUCGUCUUGCGCCAAUCUUGAGAAGAGCUCACCGCAGAUUUCUGGUUUGGAAGAAGAUGCAUAAAAAACAGUGUUCACAGCCACGUUUUACACCAGCGCGUCUCAACAGGAGCCUGCAAACAAGUUUUCCAUCCCUUCAGAGCAAAGCUGCUCCUUCAAAGAUCUUGACGCUGUGGCUUACCUCUGAAGCCAUCCAGUUCGUGCAAAGAUCCGGUGCAACACGGGCUGAUAAAGUCAUGGCAUCUUGCAUUUUUGCUUACAGCAUGAUGCUUCGAACCAUGGACGCAAGCAAGCACAUCAUGACUGCUGAGCAAGCCCAGAACUUCUUUUACUUCACCCUCAAACACCUGCAGUCAUACGGGUGGUUGCACAGUUUUGGAAUGGUGGCAGCAUUGGGCACUCCGGGCAGGCGAUGCUGGCUCUUGAUGCCAAAACAGCAUCAUGCCUGGCAUAUCGCUCACGAUGUUUUGGUUACGCGCAUCAACCCAAAGAUGGUGAUGCUGCUGUCGGCCGAAUCAUUCAUAGGUGUUGUUGGCCGUGUGGCGCGUGCCACACACCGAACCACUGUGUCAAGAAGGACCCUAGAAAGAUAUUUGGUGCAAUUACUUUUCAAACUCAAUGAGGAGCUGGGUGGCACCUAA